CAACGAUCGAGAGAUUCUAUGCAAACACUUCACACAGUAACACUAUUAUUGUCAAUCAGUAUCAAUCUGUCAGACUAAUUUGUGAAGUGGCUGGUGAUCCAAAACCAGAUGUUUAUAUAAUAAACGCAACAGGAAAGGUCAAUGUACAGCUAAACGGUUCGUCAAAUUCAUCUCACACUUAUCUAUCGGAUCUUCAUCGAGCCAGAUGUGAAUAUGACACUGGGAAUUAUAAAUGCCGGACGCGAAACAUGUUUAACCUAGCUGAACAGGAGGAAGCAAUAAACAUUAUAAUACAAUGUGCACCUAGAGCGUCUCCGUUUGUACCUCCGGAAACAACAUUUUACAGGUCCCGUUACGACAAAGUUCAACUCUUGUUCGUCAUAAAGGCAUACCCAGAGCCAAGUAUAAACAAUUUCACGUGGUCCAAGAAAAAUAAUAUUAAAGAUGUGUGGGAAACUUUGUUCAAUGAAAGUCAUUACGAGAUCCACAUAUCGUAUGAUCGAUUGCAGACAGCUUUAACAAUACAAACUAUUGAUGUGAACGACUUUGGAACAUAUAGAGUUAAUGUGGUUAAUACAUUAGGCUCAAUAAAUGAAGUGUUUGUUGUGCAGGCCCAAGCUAUACCAGAAAUACCACAAAAUGUGCAUGUGUCACGAACAGGAAUAACCGAGCUUGAACUUCAAUGGAUACCUGGAUUUAAUGGCGGAGCAGAACAAACCUUUCAAAUUAUCUACAAAAAAAUCAAUAUUGAAAGCUGGACUGAGACACAUGCUCCCGCAAAUAAUACCAGACAUACUUUAUCUGGAUUAAGUGCGGGCACAGCUUACCGAUGCAAAAUGCGGGCGGAGAACAUUUAUGGAAUCUCUUCAUGGACUGAAGAUAUUACAGUAUACACUCUAAUGGAAAACGAACUUCUUCGAGCGAAUACUUAUAAAACGCUUACUGGAGUUGAAAUGAGAGAAUUGACAGGUCCUCCCUACGACAUUUUGCAAGACAGCCAAGCGCUUGCUAAGAAAGAAAUCGCGAGUUUCUCAUUUGAACCAAAACUGAUCGGCGAGGAAGGGGACUAUGUCAAUAUAAACCUGUCGGGUUUGUAA